AUGAGUCAAGACCGAAUUACCGACGCCUACUACAGAGCCCUUCUGACACGGCCGUCGGACACGAGCGCCGGAAUUUUGCAUCCAGGACAGGCUGGUUAUCUACAAGCCAGACAAUCACGCCACCCCGGCACGUUGGCUCAUCACGAUCGGUCCAGCUCGGCGCCCAAUGUUUGUCUGAACAGUGUCAAAGGAGCUGUCGAGGAUUGCCCUCGUUCCCUGUCGCUGAACAGAGCCGGAAAUGAUGGUGAAUGCUCUCCGCAAUGCAGGAGUACUCAAGCUUCGCCCACUGGGUCUUUGCAGCCUCGACGUCCCAGAGCACGAUCCGCCGAUGAGAGUAAACCUUUGCUAGCGCCGAGGGAAAGUAUUGAGGACUGGGAGAUCCCGGAUAAGGAGCUGCUGAUCAAGGAACGUGUUGGAUCAGGUUCAUUUGGUACUGUGUUCAAGGGAUACUGGCACGGACCGGUAGCCGUUAAGACUUUGAACGUUCAGACUCCUACUGUAUCACAAUUACAGGCGUUCAAAAACGAAGUGGCAGUUUUACGUAAAACCAGACACGUAAAUGUACUCUUGUUUAUGGGCUGUGUUACGAAACCCAUUUUGAAAAUUGUAACUCAAUGGUGCGAGGGUUCUAGUCUGUAUAAGCAUCUGCAUGUGCAAGAAACGAAAUUUGCACUAUUCACUUUAAUAGAAAUCGGACGUCAAACUGCUCAAGGCAUGGAUUAUUUGCAUGCCAAGAGUAUAAUCCAUCGCGACUUGAAGUCGAACAAUAUAUUUUUGCACGAUGAUUUGACAGUAAAGAUUGGGGAUUUUGGACUGGCCACUGCCAAAACUAGAUGGUCGGAGACACAACAGAAUCGACAGCCUACUGGGUCUAUUUUAUGGAUGGCACCAGAAAUAAUACGUAUGCAAGAAGAUAACCCGUACAGCUUAGAAUCAGAUGUUUACGCAUUUGGUAUAGUGCUUUUCGAGAUGCUGACGGGACAAUUGCCUUACAGUCAUAUUAAUAACAAGGAUCAAAUCCUGUUCAUGGUGGGACGAGGUUUUCUAACACCAGACUUAACGAAAAUCAGAUCCGACGCUCCGAAAGCCUUGAAACGAUUAACCGAGGAUUGUAUUAAAUUCAACAGAAACGAACGGCCUUUAUUUAGACAAAUCCAUGCCUCCUUGGAGGGACUCUUAAGGAACCAUCCGAAAAUAAGCAGGUCAGCAUCGGAACCUAAUAUGAAUCGAACCCAAUUUCAAUCUGAUGAUUUCAUUUACGCGUGCCCGAGUCCAAAGACUCCAGUCAAUUUUGGGCCAGCGAGUAAUUUCCUAUUCCAUUCUACUGGCAUCUCCAAUAUCUAAGUGCAUUUGUUCAUAACACAAAAAUCUAGAUCUCAAAUGUCAAUACUAUUAAUUAUAAAUAUUAUUUUGUAAACUUAUAUGUUCGAUGCAUAAUUAUUAUAUAUAUUUUUUUUAAGUCACGUAAUGAAUAGUUUGCGGUAUAUGCAGUAUGUUAGGGCUAACAUUGUAGGGCUUAGCAGCAUUAUUAUGUGUAAAUUUCAUGUACAUUGGAUUUCAUAAAUAUUUUGUUUUUUUUAAUAAACUAUA